AUGGCUGGUGCUAGCUGUUGCUGGUCGUCAGCCGGAGGAGCUAUGGGGGCGCGAGUCGUUGGGACGGAAUCGAUGCAGAGGCGGUUAGCCACCCAGAAACGCGAGGAAAUGGUUGAAAACGGAAAAAGCCAAGGCCAGAUGCGCACUCUACGUCUUUCUUCCCACUUAACGAAGCCCGGUUUCAACGCAAGACAGGUCGAUCAGAACGAACGGAAGGAGGAAAGAUGGAGAAAGAAAGCGGGCUGGACUGAACUGGACUGGACGAAGCUUGCCCAAGCUCGCAUCUUCUUUUGCCUCACUUGGAUACCGGUGCUCUCUGAUUUCAGGUACUUCAAUUGGUAUGGGAAAGAUUCGGUAGCAGACCUUAGAUUAUGUGGCCAGGUCUGGAGCCUUCCCGCUGCCGUCAGUGCUAAUGUGGCAUGGGCCAGAGACAUGGUCAAAAGCAGUCUGGAUACCAGAAAUUCAGGGUUCAGUACACGAGGGCCGCUCUGGAAUGUAGUAGCGCCUAAAUCGGUCUACGACGAGAGCGAGAAGGGUAAGGUCAAAGGCACGCCGCAGCCAGCUGCUCGGCCAGCCGCAUCAUGGACUGUGCGACAUCCGGAAGGCGCUGACAAGAGAGGGAGAAAGAAAUUGUCUUGUUUGCUGAUUUCGCGUGGUUUGUGGGGUGGCAAGUCUGCUUCCUCUGGGCUCUGGAGCCGUCUGGACUGGCUGGGCAAGCUCACGGUUGGAGGGUUGGUCCGAAGUAGUCGAGUCCGUCACGUCCGUCUGGCUCCAUCCUUCGGUUCUGAUUGCGCCGUCUUGACAGGAACAAGGCCGGGUCAAAGGCGAAUAAGUCAAUACAAUGGAGAUGGUGAUUAA